UCAUGACUGACCUCAUGUAGCUCUUAUGGUUGUUUGUUUUUUUCUCUACUGACAGAGGUAGCUGAUACUGAAAAAACAAGAAAAAAAAAAGUGAUUCACAAUAGAAGGGACUAGUUAACCAUCAACCUCGCAGACACUCCACCUCUCCUUUUGGUUAGCAGCUCAUGGGACAGAGGAAAAGAACUGCUGUCAGUAAUUGCUAUUCUAUCUGUCACUAGUAGGUUCUUGUCACACUCACACUUACAAGGCGGAGCUAGGCCUAAAAAAAAAGAUUUAAAAAAAGGAGGGGGCUACCUACGGGAGUGUGGGGGUGUGAGAAAAAAAAGGAAGAGGAGGUGAGGGGGCACAUUAGCUUCUUGGACACGUCUUUCUGCCCCACUGUCAGGUAGUUGAGUAUUUGUUUGCCCAAACCUCUGGUAGACAUGGACAUGGCAGACUACAGCGAGGCUUUGGAUCCAGCUUACACCACGCUGGAGUUUGAAAACGUGCAAAUGCUCCCUUUGGGCACAGACUCCUCACCGGCUGAAAGCACCAACAUGAAUGCCACCGGUCACCUGGCAGCAGGCAGCUUGUGUGCCAUAUGUGGAGAUAGAGCUACCGGCAAACACUAUGGGGCCUCGAGCUGUGACGGCUGCAAAGGCUUCUUCAGACGAAGUGUCCGCAAAAACCACAUGUAUUCCUGCAGGUUCAGCAGACAGUGUGUUGUGGAUAAAGACAAGAGAAACCAAUGUAGAUACUGCAGACUGAAAAAGUGCUUUAGAGCUGGGAUGAAGAAAGAAGCUGUACAAAAUGAAAGAGACAGAAUCAGUACCAGGAGAUCUAGCUAUGAAGACAGCAGUUUACCAUCUAUCAACGCACUCAUUCAAGCUGAUGUUCUGUCAAGACAGAUAACAUCACCCGCUCCCAUACUGAAUGGCGAUAUAAGGACAAAAAAAAUUGCCACAAUCACAGAUGUCUGCGAGUCCAUGAAACAGCAACUGCUUGUCUUGGUGGAGUGGGCCAAGUACAUCCCAGCCUUCUGUGACCUGCCCUUGGAUGACCAGGUUGCAUUGCUUCGAGCUCAUGCAGGAGAGCAUCUUCUACUUGGUGCUGCUAAGAGGUCAAUGCUGUACAAGGACAUCCUUUUAUUAGGGAAUGACCACAUCAUUCCCAAAAACUGUCCAGAGUUGGAGGUGGGUAGGGUAGCAGUCCGAAUCCUGGAUGAGUUGGUGCUUCCCUUCCAAGAGCUUCAGAUAGAUGACAACGAAUACGCUUGCUUGAAGGCUAUAGUUUUCUUCGACCCAGAUGCUAAAGGUCUCAGUGACCCGGCAAAGAUCAAGCGAAUGCGAUAUCAGGUCCAGGUCAGCCUGGAAGAUUACAUCAACGACAGGCAGUACGAUUCUCGAGGCCGCUUUGGGGAGCUUCUCCUGUUGCUGCCAACGCUACAGAGCAUCACUUGGCAAAUGAUUGAGCAAAUCCAGUUCGUAAAGCUCUUUGGAAUGGCCAAGAUUGACAACUUGCUCCAAGAAAUGCUUCUUGGAGGUUCUGCUAAUGAAGCUCCACAUGCACCUCACUCUUUGCACCCCCACCUGGUUCAAGAGCACCUCAGCACCAAUGUUAUAGUGACCAGCAACAUGCCAACACCUAUCCAUAAUGGUCAAAUCUCCACCCCUGAAACGCCUAUCCCAUCUCCACCAACUGCCUCAAGCUCAGAACAUUAUAAAAUGGCUCAGGGGGUCAUAGCUACUGUGCCCAAGCAGCCAACCUCUAUCCCUCAGCCAACCAUCACAAAGCAAGAGGCCAUAUAACAGCUAUUUGAAUCCUUACUUCUUUCAGCUUUUUUGAAAAUGUAAAACCAGGGUCUUUAUUCAACAGUUUAUAAACAAGUUGUUAAGCUGUUAACUUAAAAGAAACAUUUAUGCCA